AUGCCGGGCGAGAACAUCGAUAGACCUAACCCGCAACCCCUGCCAUCGCAUAUCCCGGAUUCAGUCAAUGAGCUACAGGUCAGGCUCCAGAAUACAUAUCUAGAUCAGUCGGCAUGUGAUUCUUUGUAUAAGUUCCGGAGGGCAGCGGCUUAUAUCGCUGCAGCGAUGAUCUUCCUCCAGGAUAACACGCUUUUGAAGCGGAACAUAAAACAUGAAGACAUCAAGCCUAGACUACUGGGCCACUGGGGAACAUGUCCCGGGCUGAUCCUCGUUUAUUCCCAUCUGAACUAUCUGAUUAAGCAACUUGAUCUUGACAUGCUUUACGUUGUCGGCCCCGGACACGGUGCACCGGGUAUCCUGUCCUGUCUCUGGUUAGAAGGCUCUUUGGGCCGGUUCUAUCCACACUACUCGAGAGAUAAGGACGGUCUGCAUAACCUUAUCUCGACCUUCAGUACGACUGCUGGGUUACCAAGUCACAUCAACGCGGAAACACCCGGCGCCAUCCACGAAGGAGGUGAGCUGGGAUACGCCUUGUCUGUCUCCUUCGGUGCAGCCAUGGAUAAUCCCAACCUCAUCGUCACCUGUGUCGUCGGUGAUGGCGAAGCAGAAACUGGACCAACGGCCACUUCAUGGCACGGAAUUAAGUACAUCGACCCCGCAGAAUCAGGAGCCGUCCUCCCCAUUCUGCAUCUAAACGGCUUCAAAAUUAGCGAGCGCACCAUUUUCGGCUGCAUGGACGACAAAGAAAUAACAGCUCUCUUCACCGGAUACGGAUACCAGGUACGCAUUGUAGAGAAAUUGGACGACAUUGACACAGAUCUUCACUGCUCCAUGCGCUGGGCGAUCGAGGAGAUCCGUAAGAUCCAGAAUGCUGCACGCUCGGGACAGCCGAUUAUGAAGCCCAGAUGGCCGAUUGUCAUCUUGCGGACGCCAAAGGGCUGGUCGGGGCCUAAGGAGCUGCAUGGAAAGUUUAUCGAGGGGUCGUUCCAUUCGCAUCAGGUGCCUCUGCCCAACGCUCGUAAAGAUAAGGAUGAGCUCAAUGCUCUGCAAGUCUGGCUCCAGAACUACAAGCCCGAGGAGCUCUUUACGGAGAAAGGCGAUGUCAUUGACGAAAUCAAAUCCGUCAUUCCAACCAGCGACUCGAAGAAGCUGGGGCAGCGUUUCGAAGCCUACAAGGGUUAUGUGGCUCCAGACCUCCCAGACUGGAGACAGUUCGGUGUGCAGAAAGGCACGCAGGAGAGUGCCAUGAAGAUGAUCGGAAAACUCAUUGACAAGGUGUUUGUUCAAAACCCUCACAGCGUCCGGCUUUUUUCACCAGACGAACUGGAAAGCAACAAAUUGGAUGCUGCUUUGGCACAUUCGGACCGGAAUUUCCAAUGGGAUGAGUUCUCAAACGCUAAGGGUGGUCGGGUUAUUGAAGUUCUGAGUGAGCAUAUGUGUCAGGGUUUCAUGCAGGGUUAUACUUUGACUGGACGCAUUGGUAUUUUCCCUUCAUAUGAGAGUUUUCUUGGUAUUGUUCAUACGAUGAUGGUGCAAUACGCCAAGUUCAUGAAAAUGGCCCAGGAGACGAAAUGGCACCAAGGUGUCGCUAGCAUCAACUACAUUGAAACCAGUACCUGGACCCGACAGGAACACAAUGGGUUCUCCCACCAGAACCCCUCUUUCAUCGGCGCGGUGCUCAAAUUGAAACCCAUUGCUGCCCGUGUAUACCUGCCGCCCGACGCUAACACCUUCCUGUCGACGCUUCACCAUUGCCUGAAAUCGAAAAACUACGUCAACCUUAUGGUUGGUGCGAAGCAGCCAACUCCCGUGUACUUGACACCAGAAGAAGCCGAAAACCAUUGUCGUGCUGGUGCAUCGAUCUGGAAGUUCUGCAGUACGGACAGCGGUCUUCGUCCAGAUGUUGUACUUGUAGGAAUCGGUGUCGAAGUGAUGUUCGAGGUGAUCUACGCAGCAGCGAUCCUCCGCAAGAGAAUUCCCGAGCUGCGCGUUCGGGUUAUCAACGUAACAGACCUGCUGAUUUUGGACAACGAAGGCGCUCACCCACACGCUCUUUCCAAUGAGGCAUUCGAGAACAUGUUCACUGAAGACAAAAACAUCCACUUCAACUACCACGGCUACCCAUCAGAGCUGAAGGGACUCCUCUUCGGACGGCCGCACCUGGACCGGGCAACUAUCGACGGAUACAUGGAGGAGGGGAGCACCACGACACCGUUUGACAUGAUGCUUGCGAACCAUGUCUCCAGAUUCCAUGUAGCCAAGGCUGCUCUUCAAGGCGCUGCGAGGUGGAAUGAACAUGUUCAACUUAUGCAGCAUGAACUGGUCACUCAGUUGGAUCAGGAGAUCACUGACACUAAGAAGUAUAUUCUUGCAAACCGGCAAGAUCCCGAGGAAAUGUAUGACAUGCCGUCUUUCGAUUAG